CCCCUUUUUCUACACGAAACGAGUUCCGGACCGGUUGUGCAUUACUGGGCGUGUUUUCAUUGAUCCUUCAUCAUGUCUUCACCACAGCUGCCAUUCCCUGACCCCGAGAAGAUUUUUACCUCUUGGUGGCCAAUUAUCAUCGGUGUUACUGUCGGAAUAUUUUAUGCAGCAAGACAAUGGUUGCGGGGCGCACAGUUUGUGGAGGAAGUAAAACUGGAAGGGAAGGUUGUUAUUGUCACUGGUGGCAACUCAGGCAUCGGCAAUGCUGCAGCGUUAUAUAUGGCCAGGAGAGGUGCGAAGGUGAUCAUAGCAUGCCGGGAUGAGGCUCGAGGCCAGGAGGCUGCGGAUGAGAUGAAGACGCUCCACAAGCAGGAGGUGACCGUCAUGAAGUGUGACCUGGGCUCCUUCAAGUCUAUCAGGGAGUUUGUGGAAGCUUUCAAGAAGAAGGAAAAGAAGCUUGACAUUUUGAUCAACAAUGCAGGCGUGAUGAUGAGCCCCCAGACUCUAACAGAGGAGAAGUUUGAGAUGCAGUUUGGUGUCAACUAUCUAGGUACAUUUCUGCUGACGGAGCUACUGUUGGAUGUCCUGAAGGCGUCCGGUUCAAGUCGUAUCGUCAACACUUCUGCAGCUGCUAGUAACCUCGGAGAGAUCAACUUUGAUGACAUCAACAUGGCGGAGGACUACAGUCCUGGACAAGCAUAUGCGCAGAGUAAACUGGCCGUCAACUUGUACUCAUUACACUUGGCACGACGGCUUAAAGACACCAAGGUAAUCGUGAAUGUGACCAACCCUGGAAUUGUCAACUCUAAUGGACAUCGCCAUCUCCCCUUCAAGAACAACAGUUUCCUGCGUGUCAGCUUCUCCCCGAUUGUGUGGUUUGUCAUGAAGACACCAGCAGAUGGCGCUCAAACCACACUCCUUCUGGCAUGUUCAAAAUCUAUAGAUGGCGUGUCCGGAAAAUACUACAAAGACUGCACUUUGAGUGAGCUGACGGGCAAGUCUCUGGAUGAAGAGCUCCAGGAGAAGUUAUACAAGGAGUCUGUGAAAUGGACGGGCCUUGUGAAGAAGACACAAUAAAUGCUUGUCUGUCUUCUGUACCCAUGUAGUGUUAUUACAGAGUUCAGAAAUAUCAAAAGAGCGGCUUUCACUAAACAUUUUCACUAAAAAGAGUUAAGGUUUGUUCUUACUGAUCAGACAGUUGAUAAUAGUUUCAGGAAUAGUUCCUCUGGUAGUGGCAUUGAAUGUUUUUAGGGAAAUAUAGAACAAUGAUUAUGGAACAGAGUCUGGUAGUGGUGUUUACUAAUGGGGAAAUGUAAAAUAAAGAUUGUGGAACAGUCUGGUAGCACAUCAACUAGCAAGUUUGUGUUUAGACCUCAGCUUUAGUUCUGUGUAGGAUGUGUAGUGUUAUUAUACAUAAGUCAGGGUGUCAUCUUUUAUUUUUCGGUUUCACAUAGUCUGAUCAAGUAUUUUUUUUAACAAGCUCGAAGAAAGUUUGGCUUCCUUUUGAAGUAACUGUGAUGAAGAAAUGACUGAAAAAAUCCUUCAUUUAAAUCUGCCAUUGCAUGAGCAUACAAAGGGACCAGUCAUUUGUUGUAGGGAUUGGCAAGCUCCUCACACCGAAAGCCCAUUGACAGAGCUCUCUAUACUAUCGCUGCCGCCAGUCAAAGCUCCCCACUGUGACAGGUGGCUACAACAAUGCUUGGAGUUAAACUCACAACCGGCUGACCAUUAUUCUUUACAAACAAGUGAUGACAGUCUUGAUGCUGAAUACCCUUAUCCCAGUUAAAUUAUUUUGUUUGUCAAUUUGAAUUUCUAUUUCAUUUCAACUAUCAUGGAAUUGGUAUAGUAAGAAUGUAAGGGAGAAGUUGGGUGAUUUUCGGUUCGUCUGCAAUCUGACCAAUCUGAUUAAACAAACAAUAAGUUAAAUUCAUCUGGGAAGUAUGGUCAGUCGUAAACCUUUUCAAAAUUCACUAUGAUGGCAUUCACAAAGACAUAAGCAAAAGUAUAAAGGUCACUACAUUUGGGGUAAGCUCAAAUUUCAAGAUUUUGUAAUGGCUGCUUCCACACUGACUGCAGCGAUGUUACCGAUAGUGUCACCCACUAGGAAGAGCUUGGGUCCGAUGGAAUCUGGGGAGGUCACCAAAAAAUAAUACACAUAUUUGGGGAGGGUCAUGAAAAAACAUACCAGGACAUGGGAAUGUUAUCCAAAAAUAUGUCAAGCAUGAGGGGAGGGUCAGUGUUUUCAGUACAUUAGUGCAUCAAAAGCCUCUGACCCAUCCACCAUGUAAGAAAUGACCAGUCCCUAAGCUGUCAUGACAAAAUAGAUCCAUGUUCCUUGUAAGACAUGUUGUGUGAUGAUUUCAAACGAAGCAACAACCUUGCCAUCCUUUGUUCUGUAACUGCCUUCUGUGCUUACAGUAAAUACUUCAUUACAUUGGUCAUAAAAUGACGGGUCUACAUCAUGUCCAAAAAUGUCAAAAGCAUUUGUUCAAUAGUCAGUUCCAACUGUUCUGUUUCCAGGAACUCUGCACUCCAUGCGUCUUGUAUUGAAGUUUGUUUCACAUUCUCACAUCCAAAUUCAUUUUUCUUUAUGGUUUGACAUCAUGUAUUUUCAGACACUCAUAUAUAUUAUACAGACAUAUCAUUUGAUUCAUGGUAAAGGGAUUUGUAUGACCUUGAAGGAAGGGCAGUAAUCCACUUGUAAAUGAAACAUCCUUGGAUUCAGAAUCUGGAUGCUGUAGUACAAAGGGGUCUUAGCGCUAAGGUGAUCGUAACUCCACAACUUUAACAUAGGCUUAUGAUCAUCAUAGCACUAAGGUGAUCCUAAUUCCACUACAUUAAUAUAGGCUUACACUCAUCAUAGCGCUAAGGUGAUCGUAACUCCACUACUUUAAUAUAGGCUUACGGUCAUCCUAGUGCUAAGAUUGUUUUGUACAAUGGCACCCUGAACUUGCAAUGUACAUCUUCAUUCAUGGAAAGUGAGACACUUACUACAUGCAUGUGCAUGUUGUGUAGUUGUUGUUUUACUAAGAUAUUUAUUCAGUGCUUGGUUCUAAUAAAAAUGGCUUUGAUUCUGAACCAGAUAAACCAGUAGUGCUGCAUGUUGAUGUCCACUGGAGGUCUAAACUUCACAUUAGCAAACCUUUGCUAAAAGAAAAAGGGCAAUCAUUUCUCCCUUGGAUGAGUAUAUUUUUAUUGCAGUGGACAUAAACUUCACAAUGGCCAGCAAGAGUUUUUUUGAAAAUCAAGCCUCAUGACUAGUAAAUUUUGAACCUUUUUACAAUAUAUUUGAGUACAUCUUUCCUUAUCCUGCACUUCUUGUACUGUACUGCUGGUUCGGUGAAUCUCCUCCCCCUCCUCUCUCUCUCACACACUCAUAUACCACCUAGGGGUGAAACAAUAAAUCGGUGUACCGGUGCAUCGUAACGUUUUCAUGCAAUGAUAUGGUACACGAUACGUUUUCUUCUGUAUAGAUACAAGACGAUACACUUGCUAAAAUAUAUUACUUACUUCUCAUUUAAUGACCCCCAGCAAUUUUGUCAGUCAAAUAUCUCAAAAUGUGUUGUGAUUAGCAUUCCAAGUUCACUACUAAAAGUAGCAGCUACAGACCUAUCUGCAGCUAGCUGUUCCUUUAGAACAUGCUCCAAAAUAUUUAGUCAAGGAGUUUCCAUGCAAUUUGAUGCAAACGUGUAUCGCGAUACGUAUCAUGAUACGUAUGGUAUGGUGACCUUGCUGUAUCAUUUCACCCCUAAUACCACCCACCCCAUUGUGAAUGGUUGUGAUUGUUGAUGCAAAUAUGUCCUUUAUUUAGGUGAAUCAUUUAUACAACCCUGGAUAAUUUCUCUUUCACUGAUUGUUUAACCAAUAUUGACUGGUAUUUAUUGCUGCGGCAACUGGACAGGAUGCUACAUAUUGGUUUGGCUUAUGUCACAUGUCUCAUUGAGGCUAACCAAUACUGGUGAUAUACUGAUAGUACAAUUGUACAAUGUUUUAUAACUUUUCAUUCAGAAGUAAAUUCCACUUAUUGUUUUCCUUACCUUUAUAAUGUCUGCGUUAUCACCAUGGCAUGUGGUGAUUAAUGUGAAUACUCAGUCUGCAAGUAGGUACCCAGUUAUAUGAUUGUUAUCAUCAUGAUCAGGUGUUAAAUAUGUGUGACCUGACUGUCAUCCUUGUCUAGGAUCAUUGCUCAUGCUUUCAACCACUGGUUGCCCAGGCCCAAAUUUGAUUAUUUACAUGUUGACUGAUAAAGCACAAAUGUUGAUGACAGUUGUGUAAAACUACACUUACUCACUCAAAUGCUCCAUAUCCAGCUUCACUGGUUAUGAUGAUCAGUGCUCAAUCAUCUUGACUCAUGUAAACCAGCUUCAGUUGACUUGUUGAAGGAGUGGCCCAGUCAUCUAAGGCGCCACAAUUCACAGUGCAGAGUUGAGUCCCAGAAAGUUAUGGUCAUGGGUUCGAAUCUCAAAUUAUGUUUCUAGGUUUGUCAGCACCAUACCGCUCGUGAGUGGUAAUUGUCCGAGACCUGCUUCAUUUGGGGCUUUCCUGACAGGCUGCGAUAUAACUGGAAUACUGUUAAAAGCAGUGUUAAAACUAACUCACUCACUUGUUCAAGCAUUCCUUUACACUAGCGGAAGGAGGCAGCCCUCAUCCUGGUUGUGUAUAGCUUUGUUUCCACAACAUGCCAUUGUUGCAUUUAUGAGCAUUGAUUAUGCAAUUGCUGUAUGCAGAUCUGCUGGAUGUAUUUUGUACUAUGCUUACACUUUUGUAAUAAACAGCUGUUUUUACUUCUA